ACGCAAUAACAACGUUACGUUGUGGUUUGAAAGUUUGCAAUUUUUAUAGUAGGUUGAAGAUCCAAAUAGGUAAUCAGAGAAAAAGAAGAAAAAAGUUUGUAAUUUUAGCUUCAAGAGCAAUUGUGCAAUGCAGAUUUAUGCGAUAUCACGUUAUUAUCUGUCACGUGUUAUGUUCAGUGUGGUAACUAAUACAGCAGGCAUCCGUUAGUUUUUACGAUUAGUUACUCAUUGAUUGCAGUUUCAAUAGUCACAUAACGUUUCCUGCUUCAUUCAUAAUCAAGAUGCGUAGAAAUCAAAGCACAAAGGCUCCAGCUGCAGUCUGCCAGCGUAUUACUCGACAGAAAGCUCGUGAAAUGUCUGUCAAGCCUGCAUCUGAAAAAAAAAUUGAACCCAGAAAAGCUGAAGAACCUUCUGAGAAAUCCUCAGAAGACAAGGAGGAUGUAUAUGAUUUUAAGUUUGACUUAAAUGACACUAAAGAAAAAGCUCCUAAAAAGAAACCGAGGAGAAGAAAUGUUAACAAAGAGAAAGGCAAAACAACCGAGAGAAUAACACGUCAGAAAGUUACUGCCAAAAGAAGUCGUAAGAUAAUUGAACCUAAGAUUGAUGCAAAUCCUGUGGAGAUUGUACAGAUUGAUUCUUCUGUAGAAUUUGUAGUGGCUACAACAUCAACAAAGAAAAAUAACUUGAAGAAAAUUGAAACGAAUAAAGAUAUUCAGACACUGAAAGAAUCAGUAAACAAGAAUAUUGCGAAAGAACAAGAUAGAAAGGAAAAUACUAUAGUCAUUACAUCUCCACCUAACAAAACUGAAGACGUGCAGCCCUUUCGGCCAAAGAAUAUAUUUAAUAAUAAAACCUUAUCAAAGGGUCAUGACAGCACGUUAAGAUCUACCGUAUUGAUGAAAACUUUAUCCCCCAUCCAAAAGACGACAAGUACUUUUGAUUUUGGAAGUCCCUGGCGACCUCCAAUAUCAAUGUUUUCUACAACUAAACACUUUAUUCAAAGUACACCAUAUAAUGAAACACAAACAUUUGAAACAAAGAAAAGAAAUAAAGAAAUAAAGAAAAAGAGCAUGGAAACAAGUAAGAAGAACAUGGAACCAAAUAAGAACAUGGAAUCAAAUAAGGAGAACAUGGAAAUAGAUAAAGAAAAUAUAGAUAUGAAUAAGAAAAAUAUAGGCCGAAGAGACAAGGAAAGAAGAAAGAAAUCUGUCAGUCCUCGCAAAAAGCACGCAAUUCAGAAGAAACUUCCAAUUUCAGAGAAUCAGAUUCCACAGAAACUUCGAGCGACAGUUGCAAAGAAGGCUGUUGUACCACCAGCACCUGCCAGAAUAUCCUUGGGAGAAAUAAAGAAUGUGUUACUUAAUAAUAAUGUUAAUAGUGAUAACAAACAAACAGUAGAGCCUACUGUUACAAUAGAGCAUACUGAAGUUAAUAAGUCGCUUGUAGAGCAAAAGAAAAAAAAAAUUGUAGAUUUUAUCGAUUUUUCCGACACAUUUGAUAUGUUAUCUGAAAGUGAAAAAACGUCAAAUGUUGGAAAUGACGUUCCCUUGUUUAUGGAUUUAGAACCUUCACAUUUUGCGAAGCCACCCCAACAUUCAUACAGGAGAAAACGUGCCGUAAAGUUCGAUUUUUCGGAAGAUAGCAUUGAAGAAGAAAAUGUCAAAUUACAACCAAAGAAGAAGAAACUUACAAAAUCAGAGAAAGAACAUGAGAAAAAAAUUAACGAAUGGAUAAAAACAGUUAACACUACAUUCCAGGAAAUCGAAGAAUAUGACUUAGUAAUUGAAUAAUAUAGAAAAUGGAUUGUUACCUAUACUUCAAAAUUCCAAAAGACCUGAAAAUAUUCAAAGCACAAAUUAACGAGUUUAAGUUUUUCUUAUUUUUAAUUUAUGUUUGAAACUUUAUG